AUGACCCCACCGACCCUACCUAGGAUAGCGGACAUUUCUGAGGCCUCUGCAUUGGCCGCUCAGUUCGUUAUAAAGCACCAACAACAACAGCAGGAGGCCGCCGCCGCCGCCGCCAAGAAAGCAACCUCAGCGGCAGAGACCAACAGUGCAUCUGCUACUGGCACUACCGUUGGCAACGACUCUAAUUCUCGUGGUUCGGUUGUGGGCGAUAACGCCUCGCCCUCUACAGAGGCCCCUUCCUCUACCACUGUUGAGCCAGCUGAGCUGCUGGAUAGCGAACUGUCGUCCUUUGUUGAACGGGUAGCUUUAACUGAGGAGGAUCAUCAUGUUCACAAUCACAUACUAGGGUCAAUAUUGUCGGUCGCACGAAGUAACCUAGAUAUUGAGGCCACUAUAGAGACCUUUGGGUCGGCGGCUAGCAGGCUCUCCGAGAAAAGCAGUGAUAUCGAUGCGACGAUAAUAUGUCGGUUUGCAGCGUUGAAAAAACGCUUUGGCGCCGCAGGGGACGAGAAGAGUCUGUGUUCAGCAGCCGUUAUGGGUUUGGGAAAAGCGAUUAGCAAAUUUGAAAAGGAAGCGCCAGGUGUCGGCUUGAGGGUCGUGCAGGUUAUUCCCUCUGCCAAGGUUCCGAUUGUGGUGCUGUCAUGGAUAGGGCCCAACGGCAACGUACAGAUUGUGGAUGUGAGUAUCAAUAAUCAGCUCCCUCUACAUAACACUGCGUUACUACGGAACUAUGUGGAGAUGGACAAACGUGUCCAAAUCCUGGCGCUCUGUGUGAAGCGGUGGGCCAAACUAUGUGGAAUUAGUGACGCUAAGCAGGGUAACCUCAGUAGCUACAGUUGGACCUUGCUCUGCAUAUAUUUUCUACAAGUGCGCUCCAAAGGCGCUAUUCUGCCGUCUUUACAGGCAAUGGCGGCUAAGAGGCGUCAAGGGGAGCAGGUGAAGCACUAUUCGUGUCCUAUAAGUGGUCGUGUUUUUAACGUCGACUUUGUAGACAGAUUCGAGGCCACUACGGGAGAUGACGCUUUCAAAGCAGCGGACACCCCACCAUCAGAGCUUCUGCGCGAUUUUUUCGUGUUCUAUGACAGAGACUAUAAGUGGGGUUCUGAGGUGGUGUCCAUUCGAGUGGGGGAGAGGCGAAGCAUAGAUGACUAUCUUCAUCUGCCGAGGCGGGAUGCCGAGAGUAACGUUCUUAUAGAGGAUCCUCUGGACCUCAAUCGGAACCUCAAUUGUGUGUUGGACUAUGAGGGCCGUAUACGCCUCCGUCGAGCGUUUGCACUGUUCGCGGCCAAGGUGGCUGAUGCGACGAUGGAGGAGUUGUUGGUCCAAGCCAAGACACUAACAAGGAUGAGAACGGGGCCAACGGCAGCGGUGAUGGCAGCGAAGCAUGCCCAGAGUGCUACUAUGAGUGGUCCCCAUGACGCCAGAGGUCAUCCGGGUCUUACUGGUCCAACCUUGCAACAGCAUACGGCAACUGUGUCGUCGCAACCGCAGGCUCGCCCUCGAACAAUGGAGUAUAUGCGGUCGGGCCAAAACACAAGUCCAGAAUACCAACCACGGCGAGGCCCAGGGCCAGGACCCAUGGUGCAAGGGCAAAUGGGUGCCGCUGGACCAGCAGGGUAUAAUAUGGUGGGUCUCGGAGGACAGGGGGAAAUUAGAGCGCCACCUAACCUGUUGUUGAGCCCUGUGAAGGACGGGCCUGGGGCGACUAGUGGAGUCGAAGGAAUUAGAGGCGUAAGGAUUCAGCAACAGCAGCAGCAACAGCAAGCGUAUAACGCUUCUAGUCCCAUCUUGCUAUUGUGUGUUGCGGUGGCGGCUAUCCCAGCUAUCAUCGUCAUAUUGCUGAUGGCCUUCACUAAUCGGCAGUAG